CCAGGCCACUGACGAAGUGCCCCUCUCGGUAUAGCAGGCUGUUUAUCUGCAUGACUGAGUGCGGCGCUUCAGACUCCACUGCUCUAUGUUCCCCCGACCACCAUGAGCCAGAUCCUAACCGCCGGCCAAGCAGGUGAGCUGCACAAGUCGAUGGUCGCAUACCUUUCAUCAAUAGGCGCAACACAGAGUUCAAACACGCUCCGCGAGGAAUUGGAAAUCGGCGAAGGCUUUGAUGAGGCCACGCGAAAGAAAUACGAGGGGUUGCUGGAGAAGAAGUGGACGGGGAUCGCUCGUCUGCAGAGGAAGAUCUUAGAUCUCGAAGCUCGCCUUUCCAGUCUCCAGGCCGAACUCGAUUCGACGCCGUCCGCUGCCCGCGCGAAACAGAAUAAAAAUCCAGAGAAUUGGCUCCCCGGGUCGCUGUCGACGUACACGCUAGAGUCGCAUCGUGACGCCAUUACCUCCAUCGCAUUCCACCCGGUAUUCACGUCGGUCGCGUCCGGUUCGGAAGAUUGCACGAUAAAAAUAUGGGAUUGGGAAUUGGGAGAGUUGGAACAAACGCUGAAAGGACAUACGAGAGCUGUUUCGGGGCUGGAUUUCGGUGGACAAAAGGGGCAGACACUGCUGGCGUCAUGUUCGGGCGACCUUACGAUUAAGAUCUGGGAUCCAAGCAAGGACUACGCGAAUACUCGAACACUUCACGGUCACGACCACUCCGUCUCUGCGGUACACUUCCUCACACCGACGAGCAAUCUGCUCGUCUCCGCCAGUCGAGACGCGUCGCUUCGGAUUUGGGACGUGACAACGGGGUUCUGUGUGAAAACAAUUCAGGCGAAUGACUGGCUUCGGACAGUGUCGCCUUCAAUUGACGGAAAAUGGCUGGUAUCCGGCGGUCGCGACCAAGCCGUAACAGUCUGGGAUGCCUCAACCGCCGAACCAAAGGCCGCAUUAUUAGGCCACGAAAAUGAUAUCCAAUGCUGCGUCUUCGCUCCUCCGUCGAGCUACAAGUACAUGGCCACUCUCGCCGGACACAAAGCACCACCUCCCGCCGACAGCACGGGCGAAUUCAUCGCAACCGGCUCAAGAGACAAGACCAUCAAACUGUGGGAAUCGCGUGGGCGACUCAUCAAGACAUUAACCGGCCACGACAAUUGGGUCCGAGGCCUAGUAUUUCACCCCGGCGGCAAAUACCUAAUCAGCGUCUCAGACGACAAAACAAUGCGGUGCUGGGAUCUGUCACAGGAAGCACGGUGCGUGAAAACAAUAGACUCGGCUCACGAGCGGUUCGUCACUUGCGUCCGAUGGGCGCCGCUCCCGAAUAGUGAUGCCGCGGCAUCAGAGACAAACGGGGCUGCCGCAAAGACAGCGGCGAAACCAACUUUCCAGUGCGCAAUUGCGACGGGGAGUGCAGAUUCAUGUGUACGCGUCUUUAAAUAAAUAGCGGAUCAUUUUCUUUUUAAGCUUAGUUUGGAAUCAUACAGUACCCUGGUGGCACUAUUUCACUUGAGGAAUCCGGUUUCUGCAAAUUGCAUUUCGCUUCGACUUUUCUUCCUAAGCAAUUUGUAUGUACAUUUACGAUGAGCUGCUGGUGGGCAGUGAUUUACGGCUUAUAAUUGCUACUUUGUUCUAUUCUUUGGGACCAAUUCAUUGUAGAUAAGCUUAAAUUUUCG